CUCCUCCCUUCCUCACAAAUUGUCCCUACUUCCUUCACCAUUUACACCAUCACUAUUUCCUUUGAUAACCAUUUCCUCUUCAGCAUAAGUAUCUAUCAUUCACAUUGUUCUCUGUUUUUAGAUAUGAACUAGGGUUUUAGCUCUUCACGUCUCUCCCGAAACUAAAAGUAAUGAAAAGGGACUACUUUCUGUUUCUGGGUAUCAUCAUUCUCCUCUUCUCUGGGCUUGUAGCUUCAGCUCCUUCAUCAACUUCACCAGCGAAGAUCGUUAGUGGGUUCAUCUCAAAUCACGGAACUUCCCUCAUGAAAUGGCUAUGGUCUCUCAAAACCACCUCCAAAAAAACAGCGGUUUCCACGAAGUCGAUGGUGAAAUUCGAAAAUGGGUAUUCGGUGGAGACGGUCCUAGACGGAAGCAAACUCGGCAUCGAGCCUUAUUCUCUCCAGGUCUUGCCCAAUGGCGAGCUUCUUAUUCUGGACUCCGAGAAUAGCAACGUUUACAAGAUUUCAUCUUCUCUUUCCUUAUAUAGUAGACCAAGGCUUGUUACUGGCUCACCUGAAGGAUAUCCAGGUCAUGUGGACGGUAGAUUACGAGACGCGAGGUUGAACAAUCCAAAGGGGCUUACUGUGGAUGAUAGAGGGAAUAUCUAUGUUGCAGAUACUGUGAACAAUGCUAUCAGGAAGAUCAGUGAAGCAGGAGUCGCAACCAUUGCUGGGGGGAAAAUGGUUCGUGGGGGAGGAGGUCAUGUGGAUGGUCCGAGUGAAGAUGCAAAGUUCUCAAAUGAUUUCGAUGUUAUUUAUGUUGGAAGCAGCUGUUCCUUGCUGGUUGUUGACCGUGGAAACCGAGCUAUCAGAGAGAUCCAACUCCAUUUCGAUGACUGUGCUUAUGAAUAUGGAAGUGACUUUCCUCUUGGGAUUGCUGUUCUUAUAGCGGCAGGCUUCUUUGGUUACAUGCUGGCUCUGUUGCAACGUAGGCUCGGUUCUAUCCUUUCAUAUCACACUGAUCAAGAAAUAUACAAAGCCGUUCCUGAUCAAAAGCCUUUGAAACCAGUACGAUCAUCUCUGAUUCCAACCGGAGAUGAGCAAGAGCAGCAAGAAGAAAGCUUCCUCGUGCCGUUACGGGUAUUCAUGUCGAAUGCUCGGUUGUUUAUAGCGGAGCUGUUCAGUGGAAUGUUUCCUGGUCUCAAAAAGAAGCAGACAGUAAGCUUCAGCUUCAACCACCAAGAAACGAAUCAUUCUUCUGCUUACAGCACAGCUCCAUGGCCAAUUCAAGAGAGCUUUGUGAUACACAACAAAGACGAACCACCACCUCCCAUCGAGACCAGAAACCCCACUCCCAAAAAGACUUACCCUUUCAUGUCCAAAGACGCUGAGAGUAUUCAACAGCUUCGCAUGAGCCGUUCCUUGUUCAGAAGCUUGGACCCUGAAUUCCAACAGGAGCAGCAGCAUCACCGUAGGCAUCACUCAACUAUCCCACACACUCAUUAUGAGAAGAUCAGUGGGAAGACUAGUGAGAUUGUUUUUGGACCGGCCCAGGAGCAAGACCAGAAGCGUGUGGCAGCAGCAGGUACUGCUAAGCUUAUGGAGUGUGAAGAUCAGAUGAAUAGUCACCAGAAUCUUCAUUACAGAGCACACCAAUCUGUGAGUUACCCAUACGGUUACUAUUCCUAUACAUAAGAAGAGCAUUGUAGCUUUGGGUACAGGUGGGUUUUGAGAUGGUUAUUUAGAUUUUGUAAGAAAAA